AUGUCGUACAACCCUUAUGGAGGUAGGCCUUUUUACGUUGCAUCAGCACCUCCGUAUGGAGCGCCUCCAAGCUAUGCAUCGUACCCGGGUGCGUCGCACGCCCCAGGCAUGGCACCGCCGCCGGGCCUCGGCCCUCCACCAGGCAUGUCCUCUGCCCCUGGGAUGGCGCCGCCCCCUGGUGUCCAGCAGUCGAGUAAUGCGACGCAAGCUAAUCGACCAAGCGGCCUUCCUGCGUCCUUCCAACCCCCGCCGAACCUGCCCAACAUCAACUUCAACGCCCCCGUGAUCCGCCUCGGCUCGACCAUGCCGCCGGCCAAGCCCGGCUCGUCCCUCAUCAACGACCGGAAGGACUCGCACACCCCGACGUCUGGCCGACCCGGGCUGGGCUCCGACCGCAACAUGGACCAAUCCCGCGCGCAGAUGCGAGAGAGCAUGCAGGCGCUGGUCCCACCCACGAGCGAAGAGCGGCUGCGAACGAUUUUCGUCCACAAGAUUCCCGACGGAGUCGGCGGCGAGGCCGGCGUGCAGAAACUGUUGAAUACAGUAGGCAGGCUGCGCCGGUGGGACUCGGGACAGUCGCAUCUGUCGGAGCACAAGGGGGCGUUGUUUGGGUUUGCACAGUACGAAGACCCCGAAUCGCUAGCUGCUGCCGUCGAGUUACUCAAAGACAUCGAGGUGCCCGUGAAGAAACAAGCCCCGACCGAGAACGCACCGGCCGACGAGGACAAGCCAUUCGAGGGCAUCGAUAAGGACACGCUCAAGGUCGAGGUGGAUGCGAGUACGACCAAGUACUUGGAGUCAUGGAAGGAAAGCAGGGGGGACGAUACGGCGGUCGACGCACGCCUGGCAGACGCAAGGGCCUCGCUGAAACAGCUCAUUCGCGACCUUUUUUACCCACCUUCUGUCGGUAGCAAGGAUGCCGAGGGCGAUACAACCAUGGGGAACGGGGACAGCGUCGAGGUGAUUAACAUCCCCUUGGCCCCGGAGGACGAGCUUGCGGAUAUCCCCGCGGAGAUGCGGGCGACGGUGGCGGCUGAGAUUGCCUCGUUCCGAGACAGGAGCAACAGGCGAGAUCUCGAGCGGCUGCGGAAAGAGGAGGAGUUUGAGGAGAUGGAACGGCAGCGGAACGGGGCGCCACGCAAAUCACGACUCGAUUCCCCCCCACCGAGCAAUAGCAACUCCAACACCGUUCCUUUGGGCCCUCGCGGCGUGCCCAACGCACCAUCCGGACCCAAAGGACAGCAGCAGCAGCAAAACAGGGUAGAAUUUGUCAACGGCGGGACUACAAACGGGAAAACAUUCCGGGACGACGAAGACGACGGCACAGACGCAUCCGACGACGAGCUGCACAACCGGGAGCUCGCGAAAACACGAGCGGAAGACGACAAAGUCUACCUCGAAGCAGAGCGCAAGUGGGCCAACCGGGAACGCCAACGUGCGGCCGCAUUAGAACGAGAACGCGAACGCGACCGGGCCGACACAGACGGCUUCGCGCGACGGCGCGAAGAACAACUGGAACGAGACAAAGCCUGGGACGACGACCGUGAGGCCUCACGCAAAGGCCACAUGUACUACCGCGACCACGGCCAAUGGAUCCGAGAACGAACCGCCUUCCGCGCCGCCGAAUCCGCCCGCGACGAAAUGGACCGCCGCGCCGAAGAAGACGAACUCCGCCGCGCCGAAGCCGAAAUGGAACACGCCCGCGACAUGGCCGACUCCUUCCUCGAGCGCCAAGCCGAAGAAAUGGAACGCCAACCCGUCGCCGCCGCUGCCGCUGCUACCCCGGCCGCCCCGCAACGCGUGACCAUCUCCUUCGGCGCCGCCGCACAAAAAGCCGCCCAACGCACCGGCGGCACGCGCCGCACCGUCGCCGAAGUGGAAGGCCUGCUCGACGACGAAGAAAACGACAGCACCGCCAAACGCCAACUGGUCCCCAUCAAAUUCGAGCCCAUCACCGACACCAAAGCCAUGACAGAAGAAGACAUCCAAAACGCCGUCCGGGCGCUGGCACACGAGAUCCCCGCCGACAAAGAAGGGCUGUGGGGGUGGGAGGUGAAGUGGGAUUACCUGGAGGAGUCAGCGAUACGCGAGAAGCUGAGGCCGUUUGUGGAGAAGAAGGUGGUGGAGUAUUUGGGGGUGCAGGAGCAGUUUCUGGUGGAUGUGGUGGAGGAGCAUCUGAGGAAACAUCAGAAGCCCGCGGAGUUGGUGGAGACGCUGAGUGAGGCGCUGGAUGAAGAUGCGGAGGAUAUGGUGAAGAAGUUGUGGCGGAUGGUGAUUUUCUUUACGGAGAGUGAGAAGAGGGGGUUGCCGGCGUAG